CAGCAGCCAUACAAGCGAGAUACCCUGCUGGUAUGUCUGUGCUAUGCACAAGGGACCGAGAUUACUGGAUGACAAAAUCUAAGAUCAUCUUCGAUGUCUUCGUCGAGGAGAUGGCACAACAGAGGGUUAUGAGGCAAUUUGGUCUUCUGCAGUUGGAGCUACCUCCCCCUAUAGAGAACCCGGUGCCAGCACACAUCCACAGGACGACAAGGAAGGGCAUGAACAGGACAACUGCUGAAUGGCUAGUUAGACUAGAGCCGUAUGUUAUAGAAUGGGAGACAGCAAACACAAAUCUAUGGCACGAGAAUCACAAUUUCGAUCUCGAUGAAUUCAAUCUCUAUUUGCGGCGCUACAUGACCGGAACACGGUUACGCAUUGUUGAGUACUCCCACCCAGAGGAGUUACCGGAUCCUACUCCGUCGGAUAUGUACCCGAGCUAUGAUACUUCGGGCUCUAGGCAGUACGCGGCUACCUUGACACGCGAACUGUACGACGACGUGACCACCUUUGGACGAUCACUAUCGUCUGGACCUCUUCUUCAACAUCGUCCAGUGGUACAGCCCUUCUUGGAAAGAAUUCAGAAUAAGAUACGGACUGUGUACGAGGCUAUCACGUGCACCCGGAGAACCGAUGUUGUUCAGCACGAGCAGGAGCAGCCGCGUCACUCCAUGCAACGACAUCAACCACGUCCACGCCUAGCACAACAGCCGACAACCAUGCCACCCCGUCCUGCCAACCUGGCAGUUCUACGUGGCACCCGCAGCACUAUGGUCCCACGUCGAGCUUCGUGUUUUCUCCACAGCCACAGCAACACGGUCCCUCGUCGAGCUUCGUGUUUUCUCCACAGCCACAGCAGCACGGUCCCUCCAGUUUCGUGUUUCAGCCAGAGCAGACGUCACACCCAGCAGGGGCCUAUGGAUAUCAGGCGUCUAUGUCGGCAUCACAUGAUACGUGGGGGAGUGAUCAACAUCCCGAGGACAACAUACAGGCUCAGAUGUCGCAGCACACCCAGUGGAUGAACAUGUUUUCGACUCCUCCACCAGGCCCCACACAGGAUACACAGCAUGACCAGGGAGAGUCUGAGAUUCCUCCUCGUCACGUUAGGGCACCCGACAGGUUGGGAUGGUCCCCGAUUCCAGAUCCGCCUCCCCGCCAGGCCAGACGUCGUCACUGACGCUUCUAUGUAUCUGUAUCAGUAGAGACAUUACCAUCUAUUUCUGUGUAAGACUUAUGUCUAUUCUAUGUAUGAGACAAAUGACUAUGUACUUAUGUACGAGACAUAUGCCUACUCUAUUUUAGUACUCUGUUAUCGGAACUACAAGAUCAUAUGUAGAUAGAACAUAAUAUUCAUACAACGAGACAUUGCAAGCAAAUAGAUAGAACUAUAUCUAAAUUAAAUGGUACGUAACUGAACUCACAACAUACAGCAUAAAAACUACAUGAAGUCAUCAUCGUCAUAUGU